GUACUCUACUUCCUGAGGAGGCAGCAGCACAAAGCAGAGAGACCGUCUCUCUUCUGGGUCCCAGCCAUGGCUGCCACAGCCUCGGCCUCCUGGUGCCACCCUGGGGGAAAGGACAAGGUGAUGUGGAAGGCGCUUGUCAUCAUGGCCCUGCUGCAGGCACAGCUCCCAGGAACAGAGGCGCAGAGUUUUGGCCUGCUGGAUCCCAAACUGUGCUACCUGGUGGACGGAAUCCUUUUCAUCUAUGGCGUCAUUAUCACUGCCCUGUUCCUGAGAGCAAAGUUCGGCAGGAGCGCGGCCGCCCCCGCGAGCCAGCAGGGCGCCAACCAGCUCUACAACGAGCUCAAUCUGGGAGGAAGACAGGAGUAUGAAGUUUUGGACAAGAGACGAGGCCUGGACCCUGAGAUGGGAGGAAAGCAGCAGAGGAGGAGGAAUCCUCCGGAAGUCGUGUACAAUGCACUGCAAAAAGACAAGAUGGCGGAGGCCUACAGUGAGAUUGGGAUAAAAGGCGACAACCAGCGGCGGAGAGGGAAGGGGCAUGAUGGCCUCUACCAGGGGCUCAGCACGGCCACCAAGGACACCUAUGAUGCCCUCCACAUGCAGACCCUGCCCCCUCGCUAAGAGCACCGGGCAUUUCGCCAAUCACAGGCCAGACCUGAAGACACCCAGAUUGUGAAAGACACAGGAUAAAGCGUUUAUAACCCAGUUCACUCGUAUUUCUUCACCACCCAAGUAUUCCUUUUUAAGAAUAGGACGCUUCGCGUUGUAACAUUUGGUCACGUCCACUUCCAAACCGUCAUGCACGGAACGUCGUCCCUGGACUCUGCAGGGGAGUGCGUUCCCCCAGGGCUGAGGCCCCGUCCUUGAGGAGCCCGUGGUGAACCCCGCAGGUUCUCGGGUCUUCUGGUUUGUUGGGGACUGUGGACAGGCCCCCGUCCUGGAGGCUCUGGGCUCUCACCUGGGAGACGGGUGCACACUCCUCACAGCCAUGUUCGGUCCAUGUUUUGUCAAGUCCCCAGAGAAACUCAAAUGUUAGCACAUAUCCUAAUAGGCUCUAUUGUCCUGUC